AGAGGGAACGAGAAGAGAGAGAGACAGAGAGAGAGAGACAGAGAGAGAGAGAGAGAGAGAGAGGAGGAUGAGUGUGUACACUCUUAACCUGCGGGUGUUCUGGCCUCUGUUGACCUGUGUGUUGACUGGUCUGGUUUUCCACCACCACAUAACCCACUGGCUAAGCCCAGAAUCAGGCCCCGAUCCUGGGUACGAGGCUGGGACAGAGCCCUGCUCUGACCAGGGCCCUCCUGUCUUUUUCUCCCUCAUCAAACUACUACUGGCCUGUGUCCUCUGCUACCUCUUCAUAAGGUACUGCUCCGCCCACCCAGGGGGGCCCCAGAGGGUGCCUCUCGAGGCCGCUGACGGGGCUCUGAAAUCGGGUUGGUCUCGUCGAGAGGUCCUGGAGGACUACUACGAGCGCUGGGUGCGUCUGUCUCCUCACGUCCUGGGGCACAGCAAGGCCCACGUGGCCAAACUGGUCGGGGAGCUGGUCAGAGCCGGACGUGCCACUGGAGGUAUCCCAGAGUCCUCUCUGGCGUUCCGGGGAGACUUCCUGCAGGUGGGCAGUUCAUACGAGGAGCACAAGGUGGGCGCUCCAGAUUACUAUGAUAUCCUGGUACCUCUGAAGAUUCCCCGAGAACUGAAAUUGGAGCCACGAGUAUACAGAGGGGAGAGGAGGGGGGAGGAGUUAGAAGAAGGACGAGAGAGGAGAGGAGAAGGGGGAGGGCAAGAGGAGAUGUGA